CCUCCAGUCCAUUUUCACUCUGCUGCCAAAAGCUCUCACUUCGCUCAAAAAAACAAACCCACCGCCUGCCCCCCUAUCCGUUGUUGUUCAAAGUCCAACUUCACUAUAAACUCUCUGUGUGCAAACACACACACGCGUGUGUGUAUAAAUGUAUGUGUAUCUAAGGAAGGCUUUUGAUUAUCGGUGAUCUGCAGGCUACAUUGCUGCUCCGAACAUUGCAUUUGUGGUUAUUGUGAACACUAGGGUUUGAGAUUCAAUGGGGACUAGGUUUGUGGUUACUACUGGGUUGAUGAUGUGCCUUUUCAUUGAGGUUUGUGUUGGUGCUACGUUUUCUUCGAAGCUCAUUCACAGGUUCUCUGACGAAGCGAGGUCGUUUUGGGUUUCGAGAAACGGGAAUGCGACGUGGCCGAAGCACAGGAGCUUGGAGUACUUCAGGUUGCUUCUCAGUAGUGAUUUGAAGCGCCAGAGACUGAGGCUCGGCUCGCAGAAUCAGCUUUUGGUUCCGUCGGAAGGAAGCGAAACUUCGUUCUACGGCAAUGACUUGGGAUGGUUGCAUUACACAUGGAUUGAUAUAGGUACACCAAAUGCAUCUUUCCUUGUUGCACUGGACGCUGGAAGUGAUCUGCUUUGGGUUCCUUGUGAUUGUAUACAAUGUGCUCCCUUGUCUUCGAGUUACCACUACAUGUUGGAUAGAGAUCUGAGUGAGUAUAGCCCCUCCAAAUCAAACACUAGCAAACGCCUAUCUUGCAGCCAUCAGCUAUGUGAAGGCAGUCCAAACUGCAAAAGUCCAAAGGAGCCCUGCCCUUAUAUUGUUGACUACUUAUCGGAAAAUACCUCAAGUUCUGGAUAUCUUUUCCAGGACCAAUUACAUUUGGCAUCAGUCACUGGACAUGGACCUCAAAGCUCGGUGCAGGCUUCAAUUAUCAUAGGGUGUGGAAGAAAACAAAGUGGCAGUUAUUUGGAUGGACCUGCUCCUGAUGGUCUUUUGGGAUUGGGACCUGGGGACAUUUCUGUCCCAAGUUUACUGGCCAAAUCCGGAUUGGUCCCACAUUCAUUCUCGUUUUGUUUUGACAAGACAUAUUCUGGAAGAAUUUUCUUCGGUGACCAAGGGACUGCUACUCAAAAAUUUACUCCAUUUGCACCUUCAGAAGGAAAAUAUACUGCCUACAUUGUUGAAGUGGAGCAUUAUUGUGUUGGGAAUUCUUGCAUUAAGCAAACUGGAUUCCUCGCACAGGUUGACAGUGGGUCAUCUUUCACAUAUCUUCCAUAUGGAAUAUACCAGAAAGUUGCCAUGGAGUUUGACAAUCGAGUGAAUACUAGAAAGUUUGGCAUAGAAGGAUUCCCCUACUGCUAUGAAGCCAGUUCACAGGAAUCCCUUAAUACUCCUAGCUUGGAAGUCAAGUUUGCUACAAACCAAAGCUUUGUGAUCCAGAAUCCCAUGUUUCAGAUCCCUCACUCUCAGGGACUCGCUGUAUUCUGUUUGGGUAUACAACCUAUAGAUGGAGGAAUUGGUAUCAUUGGACAGAACUUGAUGAUGGGUUAUCGCAUUGUGUUUGACAUGGAAAACUUGAAGUUGGGUUGGUCUCAUUCCAAUUGUCAAGAUGUCAGUGACGGUAAGAAAGUUCAUCUUACACCACCUCCAAGUGAUAAAUCACCAAACCCAUUGCCAACCAAUGAGCAACAGAGCACCCCUAGACCUCAUGCAGUUGCACCCGCUGUUGCCGGGAGGACUACCUCAGAACCCUCUGCUGCCUCCUCCCUUCAGAUUCCUUCUGGGCACUGUACAGUGAGUUUGCUGCUGCUACUUUUUUCUGUACAUUCUGGCCGUCUAAUCUGAUUGUGGCAUUUCUCUAUGUCUACCUGUAAAUCCCUGUAUCCUAUUUUCAUAAUUCAGUGGAUUGGUUGGGGUUUAAUUAAAAGUCAAAUUCAUGUUAUUUUGGAACUUCUACUAAACAUUUACAGGUUUCUCUUUCUUCUGGUUAUGCUUUUGAAUAUCCUUGCCAACAAUAACGCAUAAUAUUGCUGCUAGGUUCGUCAGAUCUAGUUCAACCCUGUUAUUGCACACAAUUUUUAUUAACAAUAUAUGGCGAGGCUUUCAGAAUUUAGGAAAGUAGCACUCAGAAAAGUUCAUGAUAAAAUUUGACAGAAAGCUAAGGGAGAUUCGAUGACCUAAUUUCCUUGAUUGAGAUUGCCAAUUUGUCUGAUGAUUAGAUGGAGACAUUCACAAGAAGUCAAACCAAGGUGCAUGAUCUGUUACACUGAAUUAUGAUAUGAAAUGUUGCAUUAUUGAAUGCGGGUCCUCCGUGUUUAAGCUUGUGGUUGAUGCUAGUUCUUUUUGUUAAAGAAGACGAGGGUGGGUCUUGGUGUAGGCAUAAUGUUGCUCCAUUGUUUGAUUCUCAAAAACAGUCUCUAUGCAUGCGGGAUAAGAUUGCGUACGCAAGAAAUUACUCAGACCUUGUAGGAAUAAGAGUCUUGUGCAUCAGGCUAUUUUUAUUUUUUUUAAUUGAACUUUGAGGCAGUUUUGAUGCCUACAAUGGAGGAAGUUGAAGUAAUGUAGGCCUAAGGGCUUAUUUGGACAGUCUAGGUACGCAAAAUAAACAGUUUUGAUGAUCUAAGGGCAUGAAAGGUGCUGAUUGAUUGUUGAUAUCCAUUACUAGCUCCAAUAUUAGCACACUUGGAAUGCAUUUGAGCACACAUGAUUUUGAAAUCAAGCUUGCUUCCCAACAAAGAAAAAAAUUCCGCUCUCAGAUCAUCUCAUGUUGAAGGUGUAUCGUGUCACAAUUUUGUUGACAUCUGCUCGAUUUAUUUGAUUCUUGUCAUGAUUCGUACAUUUACAUCGGGUUCAACAAACAGCAUUAGUAUAAUGGACCUACCGUGGUAAAGUUUAUAUCCGAAUUUUUUGAUUUUGUAUGGGAUUAAUAGAUCGUGUUUAGAACUGUCAAUUCUGUAGACUGUGCUGUUACUUGCAAUGACAGGGACGUGGAUGGGUAUGGCAACGGCGGCCACAUCGCCUUGUACAAACGUUUUGCAUUUGGGAUGACGUGAAAAUAGUCCGUAGAUGGGAUGGUUCGCUAUAAGGGCCCUUUUGGUGGGUAUAAUGCAGAGCAUGGCGUGAGGGCUGACCAGCCAACACACAAGAAAGCUACGCAUCAGUAAUAUUCAAUUUUGUGAAUAGUUCACUCCACUAGAUGCUUCUGCCCUUGUUCUUCUUAGUUGGUGGGCUUCACAAUGCAAGUGGAGUAUAUCCCUAUCCCUAUACCUAUCCCUAUCCCUAUCCCUAACGUUUUUUUUUCUUUUCAUCUUAGCGUUUAAUCAGACUUGGAGCAAUGCUUGAGAUCCUAAAUCAAUAGGGACCAUUGGAUCAGUGGGUUCUAUUGAAAAAAUUUGAUGAAAUUC